AUGAGCACGCUGGGGCUCAAGGAGGAGUCUCUGGCCCAGGGAAGCUCGUGGAGCAUGCGGGAGCCCAGCUACGCUGGCUCGCGGCGAACACCAAUGGUGCAGCGCUGGUUCGAUUCGUUCCGCCGCGACCCCAACGCCCGUAUCACGCCCACCCCCGUCAUCACCAGCUUCGACGACCGGGACCGGCACGAUGAGGACGGCAUGUCGGGCCCAAACGACCUGGCCCCGCACGAUCCCCGGAGCCGCCACUAUUUCGACAUGCACGCCGCUAACCUCAGCACCGCUAACACCCUGUUGGCCCGCGAGCUCAAGGGGAGGCAUCUACAGAUGAUUGCCAUCGGCGGUUCCAUUGGUACUGGCUUGUUCGUAGCGUCGGGCAAAUCUCUGAAUUACGGGGGACCGGCGUCCCUCCUCAUUGCGUAUGGCUUCAUUGGCAUCAUGCUGUACUGCACUGUCCAAGCCUUGGGCGAGCUCGCCGUGACCUUCCCCAUCGCCGGCUCUUUCUCGGCAUACUCAACGAGGUUUCUUGACCCAGCAUGGGGAUUCGCAAUGGGCUGGAACUAUGCCUUGCAGUGGAUGAUAGUUCUGCCCCUGGAAAUCGUCGCUGCCUCCAUAACCGUUGGCUACUGGAACAGCCAGAUCAACAGGGCUGUGUUUGUCAGCAUCUUCCUCUUCACAAUCGUCAUUAUCAAUCUGUUUGGCGUAAAGGGAUAUGGCGAGGCCGAAUUCGUUUUUGCCAUUGUCAAGAUCACGGCUGUGAUCGGAUUCAUCCUCCUCGGUGUCGUGAUAAACAUUGGCGGUUUCCCCAACGACGGCUACAUUGGCGGGAAAUACUGGCAUAACCCCGGCGCCUUUCACAACGGGUUCAAGGGCCUGUGCUCCGUUCUUGUGACGGCUGCUUUCGCCUUCGCCGGUACUGAGCUCGUCGGUCUGGCCGCCGCCGAAACGGUAAACCCGCGCAAAUCGCUCCCUACCGCCAUCAAGCAGGUGUUUUGGCGCAUAACCCUCUUCUAUAUUGUGGCUUUAACUCUGGUCGGCCUGCUCGUACCGUACAACCACCCAAAGCUUCUGGGAGCCAAGAACAUGGCCGAUGCCUCGGCCUCGCCAUUCGUCAUCGCCAUUGAGAGUGCCGGCAUCGACGUGCUACCGGGCGUGAUGAACAGCGUUAUCCUAGUGGCCGUCAUAUCAGUCGGUAAUAGCGCCGUGUUUGGUAGCUCGCGAACGCUGGCCGCGCUGGCGGACCAGCGCCAGGCCCCCAGGAUUCUCGGCUAUGUCGACCGCCGGGGCAGACCUCUCGUGGCCAUAGUAGUUGCCUCGCUCGUCGGCCUCCUCGGCUACCUGGGCGACCUCGACCAGCAGUCUGACGUGCUGAACUGGCUGCUAGCCGUGUCGGGCCUGUCAUCCAUCUUCACCUGGGGAUCCAUCUGCAUGGCGCACAUCCGCUUCCGCCGUGCCUGGGCCGCCAAGCACCACUCGCUCAACGAGCUGGCGUUCCGCUCGCAGGCCGGGGUCGCCGGCUCCUGGGUCGGCCUCUCCUUCAACGUGCUGGUGCUCAUCGCCCAGUUCUGGACGGCCGCCUGGCCCAUCGCCCCGCCCGCAGCCCUCACGGCCGGCUCAGAAUACCAGAUGGCCGUCCCCACUGCCGUGCAGAACUUCUUCCUGCAGUACCUCGCCGUCCCCAUCGUCGCGACCUUCUACUUUAGCUACAAACUGUGGUUCCGCACCAGUAUCAUCCGCACCAAGGACAUCGACAUCGACACGGGCCGUCGCGACUUCAACCUGCCUAUCCUGAUCGCCCACGAGAACGACGAGCAAAAGUCAUGGCCGUUGUGGAAGAAGAUCUACAGGUUUCUUUGCUGA